GACAGAGAGGGAGUUAACUAGCCUUUAGCCUGUCCGUGAGGAUUUCACUCAAAUGAAUAGUAUGUAGCACAAUAUUGGACUUUCAAAAUUUUGUUAAGUGUUCUAAAAUAAGGUGAAUUAGGCCUACGACACAUUGCACAAUUUGGUGAAACUUGAAAAUACAGUACUGGUAUUCAUUUUAUCAUUGAAUCACCGAUUAGGAGAUCUUCACUAAUAAAAUGACCAUCUGCUCUUCAGUUCUACGCAAAAAGCGAAAAAUGAUAAAUAAAAUCAAAUUACAGAGAUUGGGAGACCAUGAUGAGUUUUUGAACCGAAUUACGAAAACGCUUUACUAUGGGAAAAUUCCUCUUGCUGACAGAUUCAGUCUUCCUGUUUCAGAGCUGGCAGCGGAACUGUUCUCUGAGGCACGACGGGGCUCCCUGGACCGACUACACGUAGAUCAGGCAGCAGAAAUGUCACGCAAUGCCUGUGUGUCACCCUGCUCCCUCGUUCUCGCAUUGCUUUACUUAGAACGCCUCAAGACCUGCAAUUCCCAGUACGUAGACCGAGUGGCACCUUCCGAGCUUUUCCUUGUUUCUAUGAUGGUUGCUAGCAAGUUUCUGCAUGACGAUGGAGAAGAAGAUGAAGUUUACAACGACGAAUGGGCAACAUCGGGUGGAUUGGAUUUGAAAGAUAUGAAUCGGCUGGAAAGAGAAUUUCUCAACGCAAUUGACUGGGAGGUAUAUGUGAGUGAGCAGGCAUUCUGGGCAAGACUGAACACGCUGGAGGCUGAGCUGGCACUACGCGAGGGUACACGGAGGGGCUGGUUCUCGUACACAGAACUGAGUCAACUGGUUCAUGCAAUGGAACUAGUCUCCCUUGCGCACACGCUUAUUACGGUGUCGGCAGUCUGUCUAACGAGUUACACGGCCAGCGUGUUAGCGAUGGUAGGGUCCACUAUUGUCGUCAACCAGCUCCCGGGUGUCACGACAAGUCUGAUGACGUCGACUCUUGCCCCCGUCUGUGUGACCCUGUCCCCACUCCCUCCGUGCCCCACCACCUGCCUCACCAACCGGACGUUGCCAAACGAUUUCCCCGAGCUUCCAGUAUCGUGGCAUCAGUGGGCUUACAACUCCUGGGACGAGGAAGACGCCAACAACCAAUCGACAGAAGAGGAACCCACGCUGACAGACCCCAACAGAAGUUAUCGACUGCACAGUGACGACCCGCUCAAACAGAAGGAUUGGCUCAAGACAAUAUCUGAUUUGGUACGAAUCGCCUCGACGAGAACCUACCCGACGAUGAUAAUGCCAGCUGAGGUUGUUGCAUACUGAAUGAACCUAACACUUCCAAUACAUUAAAGGCUGUUAACAUUUUAAACAAUCUUAUUUUUGUAACUGUUGAUUAAUUCUAAUUAAAAAAAAAACUUUCAGGGUAUUAGUUUUUUAAAUUUGUUUGUAAAUAAGUGAUACAUUCUGUAUACUGGAACACAUUGCCAACAGAAUUUAUAAUUUUAUUAGGUUAGGUUGUAAGUUAUCCUUAUGUGAUUCACUAUGUUCAAACACAAUAUUAUGAUGUAUGCACAGAUGUUAUUUUGAAUAAAAAUAUUUAAUAUAGA